GUGGACAAGAUGGCCGGUGUCUACAACAUACAUUUUCGCACAGGUUGCUUCUGUAACACAGGAGCCUGCCAGAUGCAUUUAGGUAUAAGCAAUGAGGACAUCCGAAGAAACCUGCAGGCAGGCCACUUAUGCGGAGAUGAUAUAGACCUGAUUGAUGGACGUCCCACUGGUUCUGUGAGAAUAUCAUUUGGGUACAUGUCUACUUUUGAAGAUGCACAGACUUUUCUGAAAUUUAUCAUAGCCACCAGAUUCUCCAAGUCAGACACUGCAGUUCCCUUCCAGUCCUCUGUUACAAAUCUGACAACAGAGUCUGUCAAAUCCCCAGUUCAGGAUGACUACUCCUCCAGCAACAACGCUAAUAAAUUGACUCCAAGAAUGCACAUGUUAGACAGAGACCUCUGGGAUGAUUCACCUGCAGCAGUGAGGACUGUCAAGUGGCAGCCACAGGGGACUGAGGUGGAAAGCGUAAGGGCAGCUGUUUCUGAGAUGGCAGUACCGACAUGCAGAAGAGGAGGCAAACCCAUUACUGUCACCAAUAUUUACCUGUAUCCAAUCAAAUCAUGCUCUGCAUUUGAGGUUGCAGAAUGGCCAGUAGGAAACCAAGGAUUGCUAUAUGAUCGUAACUGGAUGGUUGUAAAUCAAAAUGGAGUUUGCAUGACCCAGAAGCAGGAGCCAAGGUUGUGCCUUAUAAAUCCCUCGAUUGAUCUGGAGCAAAAUAUUAUGAUCAUUCAGGCAGAAGGAAUGAACCCAGUAUCUAUAUCACUAGAAGAAAAUCCUGGAAAAGAGGCUGUGAUCUGCGAGAGCAAAGUCUGUUCACACAGGGUGAAAACCUACGACUGCGGGGAGAGAAUUGCUGCCUGGUUAUCUACGUUUCUUGGUCGUUCAUGUCGCUUGAUAAGGCAAAGUUCAGACAUAAAAAACAAUAAGCAUCAGAAAAAUACAAAAGGUCUGGCACCUGCUACAAGUAUCUCGCUCUCUCUUGUGAAUGAAGCACAGUACCUCCUAAUAAAUGUAGCAAGCAUUUCAUAUUUGAAGGACGAUAUUUCUGCAAGACUGGAAGAACCAUUGGAAAUACAGGAAUUAAUCCCACGCUUCCGUGCUAACCUUGUCAUCAGUGCUCCGGAGUCCUUUGAAGAAGAAGAAUGGGCUGAGAUUUCAAUAGGUUCUCUGCGAUUUCAGGUUGUGGGCCCGUGUAACAGAUGUCAGAUAAUCUGCAUUGAUCAACAGACUGCAGAACGAAACAAUGAAUUUCUGCAGUCUCUGUCUGCAGCGAGGGCCAGAAAGACAAACUUUGGUAUAUACCUGAUGAACCAGCCCUUGUGCUCAUCCUUUCCAGAUAUUUUAUCUGUUGGAUCUCAAGUUCUUCCAGUGUUGAAGGAGAAUCCUGAAAUACAGCCACCAUCAUCCAGUGAAGAAAAAUGUUCAGGAUAAUCUUAUCUGGCGGAGGUGAA